GUUGCUAGUUUUUACUACAAUGUUUACAUUUGGAUGAAUAGUGAAUGGGAGGAGAAGGUGCAUGUUUGAUGACUGAAUGUGAUUUAUUUUAUGUUCUAUUGGCUUGUGUAUGGUAAUUGAACAACAUGCUGAGGGAAGUGAAUGAGAGGUGGUGACAGAAUCAGGUGCUCCACUUUCAGAAGAAUAGAAUUCACAAUGGAGCAACUCUUGAAAACUAAUCCAGUAUGGAUGACUACAGUUAUUACUUUCUUCUUGCUUUGGUGCCCAGUCUUCUCUGCUGUAGAAGAUGGAAUUGUAAUUGUGGUUGUGAAUCAGAAAACGUUUCAACAUGCUGAAGAGGCAAGACUGUUGGCUGAGGAUAUUACUGAACAGCUCAGAAAAAUUAAUCAGAAAGGUGCAGUCCAUGUAGCUACAGAUGACUGGGAGGAUGAAGCUGCCUGGACCUAUUACCCACUCUUAGAGAAAUUAAGCAGCAGACAUGGCAGCAACAGUUCCUGGUGUGUGUUUCUCGAUGAGAAGUCCCUGCUCAAUCUCCAAAAACUUCUUUCUGUUCUUCAGAAAUACCCCAAAGACAAGGAGUUGUUCCUAGGACGUGCCGUGUGGGACCGCCAAGACACAAUCAUCCACCACUUUGACUCCGUGGACCGCAAGAAACCCUUCCUCUACCCAGACACAAGGGCUGGGAUGGCGCUGUCCACCCCACUUAUCAAGAGACUGACAAAGAGAUGGCUAGAUGCAACAACAAGACCCAAGAUUGAUUUUACCAUCGAUGCUCAGUAUGAAUUUGCUCGCUUUGUAGAGUCAGCGGGAAUAAAGCUCACCAAUGAGCGUACUUUCUGUGUAGGAGGUGAAGCGGAAACCUGCGCUGUCACCUUCCAACCUCGUAAAACCUGCGUACUGGAUCAAGAUGGGGAGCUGAAGACGGAGGAAAUCCACGUGGCAGUGAAGACAUGCUCACACUUCCACGACGAGCGACUUCCUGUCAUCAAAGACACUUGGCUUCCUGAUGCCCCCAACCAUGGCCUUUAUAGUGACAGAGAAGAUCCAGACUGGGGCACAGUUUCUCUCGGCAUCCCCAACACAGAAAGGGGGCACUGUGGGAAAACUCUUGCCAUCAUACGCCAUGUGGAGGAUCUUGAUACAUCUAUGAAGUGGCUUGCAAUUGUUGAUGAUGACACCCUUAUCAGCAUUCCUCGUCUGAAGUCACUUCUGGCCUGUUAUGAUUCUGAUGAAAUGGUUGCCAUUGGAGAGCGGUAUGGCUACAUGGCAGUCAAAAGACAUGGCUACGACUACAUCACUGGAGGGGGCGGGAUGAUCUUCAGUCGUGCACUGGUGGAAGAACUUGCAGACCCUGAUGUGUGCAGCUGUCCAACCAUAGACACCCCAGACGAUAUGUUCCUUGGGGUAUGUCUGGCACGUCUCUCAGUGCCAGUAACUCAUGCAGAAGGAUUCCACCAGAGCCGCCCCAUGGAUUACCCCCCAGAGCUGCUUCAGCCAGAACCUCUCAUCUCAUUCCACAAGCACUGGAUGAUUGACCCUCGUGAAAUCUACGCCCAGUGGCUCGAUGACAGCCCUAAUGUUAUGGAAAGGCAGCAGCGGAAGGAGCCAUCGACCUCAAAAGGCCACAGUGAAUUGUAGAGUCUAGAUUAGUGUUUAGGAGAGUUGCUUGUGCAAGAGUAGCUGCUUUGAGAAUGUUGGAGGAAGGACAUCCAUGGCUAUUGAUAUUAUUUUAUUUUCUGUAUUCAUGUCAGGUUUUUGUGGGGGUUAGAGUCAUUAAGACAAUCAUGCUUUAGGAUGAAAUUUUAUCUUUUAUAUGUAUUUGUUGCUGAAGCACUAUAUAUUGAUUAUUAUUAUCAUUAUUAUUUUGGCCUUGUUUUCAUGUGAAUUAUCAGGAUCUUUGUGGAUAAUCACACCCCCAUGAAAGUUUUUAUAUCUUUGAUAUUAGAUCCUACAUUAACUGAGAGAGAUAUGGAAAAGGUUGUACAUUGCCACAAUAACUGUGCCUUUCUGUGUGAAUGGACCACUGUGAUAUAAUCUUUUUCUCUUGUAGUUAAAGACAGACCAAUGAAAGCAAACACUGCCCAUUUUACUUGAAGUAAAGAUCACAUCUUAGGGUUGGCCUCUUAUGGGAUAUUUUUUUCACAGUGUGAUGUUCUUUAAGGAAUAUGACAUAUCAUGGCAGAUUAUAUGCUUGAAAAUCAGUGCAUAUAAUUUUUCCAGUAGAUUGCCUUCUUUUAAACAAUUAAAUGCUGCAUAUAUAUAGUUAUGAAACUAGUGAACAGUAUUUAGGGGAAAUGAAUAAGAGCUGUAAAACAAUUCUUGCUCUUCUUAUCAUAAAAAGCAUUGAUCAUAACAAAUGUUCUAAGCGUGACAUUAGAAAUGCUAACUAAAGGAAAGAGUAUCAUCCCAUUAAAAAAUCUAAUUUACAUUAGAAGUUAAGGAGGGUUACAAGGAAUUGCGUUGAGAAGAAAUAUUAUCAUAUUGUAGUUAACUAGAAGUGAUUUAGGAUUAUGGAAACAGAGAAUGCAAAAACAAUGAAUAUUGAUUCAAGUGGUUCUUUCAGUAUUAAAAGAUAGUCACUUAUACAAAUAGACAUUGUUUAGUAUAUUAUAAGCUGCAAAUGUAUUUGUAUAUGCAAUGCACUGACUGAAAUGUAAAAUACACAUAUCAUUUUCAUAGAUGUGUUUAAAGAAUAAAGUGAAAGAAUUUGUACUACAGUUGUGCAGCCAACAGUGUGAUGCUACAAAUAGAACUAGUACAAAAAGGCAUUUAGUAUUUGAUUUGCAUUUGCUUUUGUUGUAUGUUGGGUUCUGUUUUGUGUGAUUUUUGAUGUUGCAUUUUGCAGAAUCAGUAUUGUGUAUUGUAUUUGGUUAUGUGACAUUUUUUCUAUACUGUUAGAGGGUGAUAAGAUAAAGGAAAAUACAUAUGGAUAAGCUUAAUUACCAGUUAUUAUCAGAAUCUCUUUGUAACAUAGGUUUUUUUACUCACUAAUUUUCGUUUGCAUUUUUUUCUGUAUAUAUCUUUUUCUUUUCUUCUUGUAAUAUAAUAUCAAAUAAUUACACAGUAGAUAUGUGCUCAUGGUGCCAUUUAGAUAUCUCGAAGUCUAAUAUUUUUUUACCGUAACAGUUUGUUUGUACGACAAUGAGCAGUAUGACAAACAGAAUGCUCAAGCUGUAUACCCUUUGGAUGGCUAUUUAAUUACUGUAUCAUAUUUUUGUUGACUAGUUUAGGUAAAGUUAUUAUAUUAUGUCAGUUCUUAUAUUCUAUAUCCAUUUUUAUUUGAAACUGUCUUGAUGCAGCAUAUCAUCGGAGUUGAAUAAAUAUGAAUUGA